GUGUCAAGCCAAACUUGUCAAGCGGACGCUUGUGUUGAGGCUGUCAUACACUGGGGGAAAAACAUAAGCAAAUUCUUGUUUUUCCAUCGCUGAUAGUGCUAUCGAAAAUUCGCGAUUUUCAGGAGGGAAAAAUCGACAUUUCGCUAGACUAACACCAUCAACCGGAAGAUGUCUCGCCAAAGCACACGCCUCGACACGAAGAAAGUGAACUCGGAGCUGCUCACUCUGACGUACGGGGCGCUCGUGUCCCAGAUGCUGCGUGACUUCGAGAAUGUCGAUGACGUGAACAAGCAGCUCGAUCGGAUCGGCUUCAACAUGGGCAUGCGGUUGAUCGAGGACUUUCUGUCGCGCACCGGCUCCGGCCGGUGUUUGGAUAUGCGCGAAACGGCCGACAAAAUACAGCUCGCCUUCCGGAUGUACCUGAACGUGCAGCCGACCAUCUCGAACUGGGCCGCUUCGGCGGACGAAUUUUCCCUCAUCUUCGACACGAACCCACUGACCGAGUUUGUGGAGCUGCCGGCCGACUAUCAGCAGCUACGGUACAGCUCGAUCCUUUGCGGCUGCAUCCGGGGGGCUCUGGAGAUGGUGCAGCUCGAAGUGCAGUGUUGGUUCAGCCAGGACCAGCUGAAGGGCGAUGCAACGACGGAGAUACGGGUGAAGUUUGUUCGACGGCUGGAGGAUGCGGUACCGGCAGGAGAAGAUUAAUCAUUUUCGAGCGGAAAGACGUUUUUCAUCGCAUUCCGUGCGGUUAUGCUGCGCGUUCUAAAAUCACUUGAUAUUCUCUGUUAAGCAAAUAAAAACCACACGAAUCCCA